AGACAUCAUAAAGGAUAGACGCCGCAUUAGCUAUUGGAGCGCGAGAAAUGCGGCCGCCAUAUUGGACCGGUAGCUAAUCAGAUAGUACGCAGCCAAACAAGAUGCCAGAGUAUUGUGCAGCAUAUUCCUGUUCGAAUUUGCGGACCGUCGAAAACAGGGCACGUGGGAUUACUUUUCACAAUGAACAUUUUAAGCCAGGAGAUUUUGAUAGGACAGGCCAGAUUGUCCGACUCAGAGAUGGUGUUAUUCCAUCCAUUUUCUUAUUCCCAGUUCAUCUCCAAAAACUGGAAAAGCUUAGGACAACAAAUACGUCCAGAAGAGCUGACGAGAACAUGUCUGUGGCCUUUCAGGAUGAGCCAACAACUGACACCUCUCAACCACAACCUCAGCCUGAUGAGGAUCACAGUUACGCUCUGCCUGCUUCUCCCACUGCUCUUAAGAGAAGACUUGAGGAAACUCAAGCAAGGGUGGAAAGCCUGGCGAGAGACAAAAAGAACGCUGUGGCCAGAGAAAAGAGGGCAAAUAGGGCAGUAAAGUCUCUUUUGGAGAAUUUGAGGGAAAAGAACCUCAUUAAUGAAGAGCUCAAAGAGAGGCUUGAAUUUUACUCAGGUAAAACACAAUUAGCUCUUUAAAAUUCAUGCAGAUGUUUUUAUUUAUUUAUUUUUUUUACCUUUUUCACAG